AAAAAGGUAAUUUAAAUAAAAGAGUACCAACCUAUCAUGGUACCAUGCAUUCAAGCAUGGUACCAUGAUAGGUUGCCACCUGUGCAAUAAGUCAAUCCAUGAAAUUUCCUUGCUACUAAAUAUUCCACAGUCAGCUGUUAGUGGUAUUACAACAAAGUGGAAACAACUGGGAACAACAGCAAAUCAGCCAAAAAGUGAGCGCGGUCAGCACAUGCUGAAGUGCACAGUGUGCAGAAGUCGCCAACUGUCUGCAGAGGCAAUAAAUAAAGAACUCCAAACUUCAUGUGGCCUUCAGAUUAGUACAACAACAAUGCGUAGAGAGCUUCAUGGAAUGGGUUUCCAUGGCCAA